AUGGCGCCUAGUUUGUUUGGGAAAGUGAAAUCCAAGGGCAGAAAGUGGUUGCAGGCCGCUCCCCGGGAAUCCUCGACUCCUUCGCCACAAACACUUUUGCCAACAUCAUCUCGGCCUGCAUCCCAACUAGCUACUCGACCGACAUCUCAGCCAACGUCUUCUCCACCUACCUCGACGGAUACCAAUACCUCAUCGCUGCCGAGCCUACAAGAGCGACUUUGGAAUGAGGCCUACGAUGGGGUCAAAGCGAGCGAGCCCAAACUGGUCGGGGCGUACGAGAAGAUCUUAUCAACUGAACUGCAUGGAGACGACCCAAGCUCUGUUACUCCCGAAUCAACAGACAACGAGAUAGGAGAGACCCCGGGGACACGAAGCGGCCAAAUGCAACAGCUGGUUCAGGCUGGACUGGAUCGAACGCAGAAGCAAGCGUCCAUCAAGCGAGGCAUCGACGAAGGCUUGCAAGCAGUGCAAGAAGUCAGGAGAGUAGUAGACAAGGCGGUGCAUGCCGCUCCCGAAGCCGCCAUCGCCUGGGUCGGCGUCUGCCUCGGACUAGAGAUCCUUUCGAACCCCGUAACCGAGGCACGCGACAACCGCAAAGGCAUCGUCUACGUCCUGUUGAGAAUAGAGUGGUACUGGAACUUGGUGUCCCUGCUUCUCGACGAGAACAAGGCCGAGCAAUCUUCUGCGGGACUGCGAGCCCAACUAGAGAAGCAUGUCGUGCAGCUCUAUGAGAAACUCCUCGCGUAUCAGAUCAAGAGUGUCUGCCUCUACCACCGCAACUGGGCAGCCGUCAUCGGAAGGGAUCUGUGGAAAAUCGAUGACUGGGCUGGCCAGCUCAACGAGAUCAAGGAAGCCGAGGCUGCCGUGCAAAGAGACAUGGAUCAAUACAACAGCGAGGACAGCAAGAUACAGCUUCGGAAACUCAUCGACGUCGCAGGUGCUUUAGAGAAACAACAGGAGAAGAGGCACCAGGACGACGGGGACAAGCAAUGCCUGAGAGACCUGCGCGAGACUGACCCUCGCAACGACAAGACGCGCAUCGAAGACACGAAGGGCGGCCUGCUUAGGGACUCGUACCGCUGGAUUCUUGACCACGCCGACUUCCAGCGAUUUCGCGACGAUCCGCAGAGCCGGCUGCUCUGGAUCAAGGGUGACCCUGGUAAAGGCAAGACCAUGCUCCUAUGCGGCAUCAUCGACGAGCUAAAGAAGGGACCCAACAGUCUCUUGUCCUAUUUCUUCUGUCAGGCCACUGAGGCUCAACUGAGCAAUGCGGCGUCUGUGCUACGUGGCCUCAUCUACCUCCUCAUCCUCCAGCAACCAUCGCUUAUUUCGCACGUCCGGUCAAAGCACGAUGUUGCGGGCGAGAAACUCUUCCAGGGCAUCAAUGUCUGGGUGUCUCUGGUUGAGAUAUUCACGGACAUGCUGAAGGACCCGACCUUGAAAGACGCAGUCUUGAUCGUUGACGCCCUUGACGAGUGCACCACCGAUCGGCCCAAGCUUCUUGACUUCAUCAUUCAAUCGUUGACGAUAUCUUCAUCCCGGGUCAAGUGGAUCGUGUCUAGUCGCAACUGGCAGGAUAUUGAGGAGAAACUCGGCCGUAUAGAACAGAAGGUCAGGCUUCAGCUCGAGCUAAACCAAGACUCCAUCUCUAAGGCUGUCGACACAUAUAUUGAGUGCAAGGUGGAGGAGCUGGUAGGUCUUAAGAACUACGAUAAGAAAACAAGGGACACCGUUAAGAACCACUUAACCUCCAAUGCUGACGGCACCUUUCUCUGGGUGGCCUUGGUUUGUAAAGAGCUCGCAGACCCCAAGGCCCGAAAGUGGCAUACGCUCUCUAGGUUGCAGUCUUUCCCCCCUGGGCUGGAUUCUCUAUAUGGCCGAAUGAUAGAGCAUAUCCGUGAUUCGGAGGAUGCUGACCUUUGCAAGGAGGUUCUGGCUAUUGCCUCGGUAGUGUAUCGACCUGUCACCUUGGAUGAACUGAAGGUUCUUGCUGAGUCACUUGAGGAUAUUGACCCGGACGACCUGAAAGACAUUAUUGGCUCCUGUGGCUCUUUCUUGACCCUUCGGGAGAGCGUUGUUUACUUUGUGCAUCAGUCGGCGAAGGAUUACCUACUCAGCAAGGCAUCCUGCCACAUCUUGCCUUCUGGCACCGCGCACCAGCACCAUACCCUUUUCUCAAGGUCGCUAGCGGCUCUGUCAGAGGCCCUGCGACGCGAUAUUUACGGCCUAAGCACCCCGGGAUUCUCCAUCGAUCAGGUCUCGCUGCCCAAUCCUGACCCAUUGUCUUGGAUCCGAUAUUCAUGCAUCUAUUGGGUCGAUCAUCUCGUCGAUUCCAAUCCCACAAGCAGCCAUAUGGAUCUUCAGGAUAGCAGCGUUAUUCAUGGAUUCAUCCAAAAGAAAUACCUGUAUUGGCUAGAAUCUCUCAGCCUCUUACGCAGCAUGUCGGAGGGAGUCCAGGCGGUGUACAAACUCGAGGCUUUGGUGGUGAGUUAA